AACGCGUCGCGUAAUGUGACGUGUCACAGAGUAUGUAACCAGGAAGAUUGAGCUAAACUUCAUCAUGCUAACAGGAGAUACCAACGAUGAAGACGUGUCUCUGUUUGAUGCCGAGGAGGACACAGGGAAAAGGUCAAAGAAGAACAUCAAGCAUCCUGUGGCAUCCUUUUUCCACCUCUUCUUCAGAGUCAGCGCUACGCUUGUCUACCUGCUCUGUGAGCUCGUCAGCGGCAGUUUCAUCGCCUCCAUGGUCACAAUCAUCCUUCUGCUCUCCUGUGACUUCUGGACUGUAAAGAACAUCACAGGCAGGUUGAUGGUUGGUCUGCGGUGGUGGAAUCAGGUGGAUGAUGACGGGAAAAGCCGCUGGGUGUUUGAGUCGCGGAAGGGUACUGGGAAGCAGCAAGCGUCGGAUUCAGAGUCCCGAAUUUUCUGGCUUGGACUGAUAGUUUGCCCGGUCAUCUGGGGAAUCUUCGCCUUUAGCACACUAUUUUCAUUUAAGAUUAAAUGGAUGCCUGUAGUGAUCAUGGGUUUGGUGCUGCAAGGAGCUAACCUGUACGGAUAUGUGCGGUGUAAAGUGGGAGCAAAGACCAGCCUAAAGAACAUGGCCACUAAUUAUUUUGGCCGACAGUUCCUGAAACAGACGCUGUCUAAAGAAGAGGAAUCAUAGAGUUUUGCACAUCUGCAAUUUUCCUAAUCUCAUAGAAUAAGUAGAGACAGGAAUCUUUCCCACAUGGACUAAAGACAUUGGUUUUGUUUUUAAUUUAAUGUUCAAAUCCUCUGAGUUAUUUUCAUGUUUUAUUCAGAGGUUUUGGUUGCUGUUUUCCAGUAACUCAACCUGCGCAAUAAGCACUCUUUACUAACAUCUCAGACAUGAGUGACAAAAGCCUGCAAUGUUAACCUGACUAGUUUGUGUUGUAGUCUCAUAAAUAUAUCUUUAGUUUGUGUUUUCAUUUCUUUUUUUCAAUAAUUUAAUGCAACUUUGAGCAUCUUUUCAGAUGCUUUGUAAGGAAGUUUUCUUGCACAACAGGCUGUGUAACGUAUUCCUUGUAAAUAUGUAAGUAAAACAAACUAUGUGGAAUAUUUUGUGUAAAUGCAUUUGGGACUUUU